AUGAGAUACAUGGAGACCAGGAACAACGUGGCAGAGUUUGUUCUACUGGGGCUCACACAGAACCCACAGAUGCAGAAAGUCAUAUUCGUGGUGUUUUUGAUCGUCUACAUGGUCUCCAUGGUAGGAAAUGUGCUCACCGUGGUCACCAUCACCCUCAGCCCGCUGCUGAAGUCCCCCAUGUACUAUUUCCUGGCUCAUCUCUCUUUUAUCGAUGCUUGCUAUUCCUGUGUCAGUACCCCUAAACUGAUUGUAGAUUCUCUAUAUGAAAAGAAAACCAGUCUUUUCAAUGCAUGCAUGACUCAAAUCUUUGGGGAACAUUUCUUUGGAGGUGCAGAUGUCAUCCUACUUACUGUGAUGGCCUAUGACCGCUAUGUGGCCAUCUGCAAGCCCUUGUACUAUGCAACCAUCAUGAAUCGGCAGCUAUGUGGCCUGCUGGUGGGAGUGUCAUGGGCGGGAGGCUUUCUCCAUGGAUUCAUUCAGAUCCUCUUCAUCUUCAGAUUGCCCUUCUGUGGCCCUAAUGUCAUAGAUCACUUUAUGUGUGAUCUGAAUCCUUUGCUGGAUCUUGCCUGCACUGACACCCAUACUUUAGGGCUCUUUGUUGCUGCCAACAGUGGUUUCCUAUGUCUGUUAAACUUCCUCCUCUUGAUGGGUUCCUAUGUGGUCAUCCUGAACUCACUAAGGACCCAGAGCUUGGAGGCAAGGCAAAAAGCCCUCUCGACCUGUGUCUCCCACAUCACAGCAGUCAUCUUAUUCUUCGUGCCCUGCAUAUUUGUGUACGUGAGACCAGCAGCUACUUUACCUAUUGAUAAAGCUGUCGCUGUAUUCUACACUAUGAUAACUCCCAUGUUAAACCCCUUAAUCUAUACCUUGAGAAAUGCCCAGAUGAAAAAUGCUAUUAGGAAAUUGUGCAGUAGGAAACUGAUUUCAGGUGAAAUAUAA